GGCGCGGUGACGCGGCGGCAGCUCGUCGAGGAGGUGCUGCCGCUGUUCUACGCCGAGGCGGUGGAGUACCGUGCGCACGCGGGCGCGAGCGGCAGCGGGAGCAUCGAGGCGGGCGCGCAGCUGAGCAGCUCCGCGGCGGCGUUCGACCUGCAGCCCGCGCGCACGCCGGGGACGGCGCACGACCUGGCGCUGCUGUUCGUGACGUUCUGCUUCGGCGCGCUGACGGACGUCGAGCUGCCGCCCGCGCCGCACAACUCGGAGGCGGAGCAGUACUUCCAGCUGACGCGCGCGGCGCUGAACGCGGAGCCGCUGCUCGAGCGGCCGCCGAGCGUCGUGACGGUGCAGACAAUGGCGGUGUGCCUGCGUAAAGAAGUGCAUAUGUUUGUGCGAUAUAGAGAUGACUUGGUGCCCCGCGGGAUGCAGGCGAAUGGACCCGCACCCACAGACCGCACGACGCAGGGGCCCGACACGGCCGGCGGCAUGGGCGGAGACUUGCACGUGCAGUCAUUAGAAACAGCGCAACAAGAUGACGCGCUCCGCAAAACCUACCUUGGUGUUUCUCACCGGCCGCCGCAACAUCCUCAAAUCCCCCGUCCUGCCCGUGCGUGGGCAGAAGGAGAUGCCACAAACGCGAGCGGGAGUGACAGGGGCGAAAAAUGGCCGCUUAGGCUGCCGCGCCGGCCACGGGGGCUCGGCGUGCUGGAUGGCGACGGCGGGAGCGCCACCCCUGCGGCGGCUGAUCGUCGAGGCCCGGGAAACCGUGGCGGUGGUCUAUGCUCUGGUGCCUGCGCCGGUGGGUCGUCCAUGGCCAUGGCCGGCCCCCGGGGUGCCAUCGCCUGCCGCUGCCGCUUUGGAUGCAUGCAGAACAACCAAUGUCAGAACAACGCAACACUCAAAGGUCUCCGGCGGAACGCCCGGGAGCGCGUCCCUGCUGCUGCCGCUGCUCGAUCUGCCGUUGCCGUUGCCGUUGCCAUUGCCAUUGCCAUUGCACGCGCUGACGAGGUCAUACUACGAGAUGUUGGUCGACGUCCUGGACUGCGGGGAAAAUGGGGUGCCAGGGUUGGAAAACGCGCGUCGCGCAUGCAGACCCCGGGAUCAUCGCGCGUGUGCGACACAGUCCCUGGGCUGGGCAAGUAUGGGGCGAUGGGCCGUGCGAGCUCAUGCGGUGGUGGCAGGGCCAUGAUGUGGUUGCUGCUCGUUGUCCGGUGGGACGUCCACCGGGGGGAUGCAAAGGCCAUAGCGGUGCAUGAGGCGCUCGUGCUCGGGUAUCUUGACAAAUCGUAUGAUCCCACGCUCGCACCGGAAGAUCAAGUUGUCGAAGACUCGGGUACCACCAGGAAGAUUGCUGGGAUUCUUGAACGGGACAUGUGGACUCCAUCCCUGUAA